AUGAAUGAAAAUAUCAUUGUUUAUGAAGAUUUAAAGAUCAAAAGCAUUAAAGACAUUGUUAUUCCGAAACCAUUUGAAGUAUUAGUUUCAGUAGAAGAUCAUUUUUAUAAUCUUUGCCAAGAAAAUUUUGGUGAAACAACUAAAUUCUUCGAACAAUUUAUCCGUGAAGGUCCUGGUGAAACUCAUUACGAUAAUUUCCAAUACUUAUUUCAAUUUUUCAAUAAUAACCCAUUAGUUGAACCAAAAUCUGAUAACUUGUACUUUCAGCUUCUACAAACCCUAGUCGAAAUUUUCAAACCUACAUUAAGAACUCAAUACAAUACGGACUAUAAGAUAGCUUGCAAAGCAGAUUUAAAUUCCCUAUUUCAAGAGGAAAAAGAUGGUUUCGAUUCAUCUGAUUCUGAAGAAAGUGGUUUUUCAGACGAGUUAACACAAAUUAUUCGAAAUGAUGAUGUCUCCAAAUUCCAACAAUUUUUAUCACAAAUCAGAACAUUAUUUCAUUGUUCUCCUCAAAGUAUUUGA